AUGGUUAAAAUUAUAAUAUUUUUGAAUUAUUAUAAUUGUAAUAAUAUUGAUGGUAAUUAUUCUGAUAUUUUUAACGCCAAUAUUAAAGAAAUAUGCUGUAAAUCUUUGGCAUAUUUAAAAGAAGCAUAUGGAGAACAUCAUGAAUCAUUAUACAAAAUUGGUUUUAAAUACUUGUAUUAUUGGCUAUAUAAGCAUAAAUUUAAAAGUGACAAAGUAAGUUCAGAUUUUAAAGUCAUUUAUAAUGAAAUAAUCAAGAUAUUUAAUGAAAAUUAUCGGGGGUUAUCAUACUUAACGCAUUAUCAGAGUAAUGUUCAUAAUGAUUUCUGUAACGAUAUAAAAACAAUUAUAGAUACUUAUAACCCACAAGCAUCAAUAAAGCAAAGUGAAAAGUGUAUAUCAAAAGAAUUACA